AUGUCUUUCUCCAAAGUAGCAAUUGUGCUGCUGGCCUCACUUUCGCUGGUCGCGGGUCACGGCUAUGUAUCGAGUAUUGAGGUGGAUGGUACCACUUAUGGUGGCUAUCUGGUCGAUACCUACUACUACGAGUCCGACCCCCCGCAGCUCAUCGCCUGGUCCACCAAUGCCACUGAUGAUGGCUAUGUCGCCCCUACUGCGUAUGAUAGCUCCGACAUCAUCUGUCAUCGUGGCUCUGCGCCUGGUGCGCUCUCCGCUCCGGUAGCUCCUGGUGGAACUGUCAAAAUGACCUGGAACACCUGGCCCGACGAUCACCAUGGCCCGGUCAUUACCUACCUGGCCAAGUGCAGUGGCUCUUGCUCUGACGUCGACAAAACUUCCCUGGAGUUCUUCAAGAUCGAUGCUGGGGGCUUGAUCGAUGACACGGACGUCCCCGGCACAUGGGCUACGGAUCAAUUGAUUGAUGACAGCUUUAGUCGCAGCAUCACUAUCCCCACUGACAUCGAGGCGGGCUACUAUGUCCUUCGUCACGAGAUUAUUGCCCUUCAUGACGCCGAGAAUCCGGAUGGGGCUCAGAAUUAUCCCCAGUGCAUCAACCUGCAAGUCACCGGCAGUGGUACCGCAACGCCCAGUGGUACCCUGGGUACUGCCCUUUACAAGGACACUGACCCUGGUAUCUACGUCGAUAUCUGGCAAAGUAUCAGCUCCUAUACCAUUCCUGGCCCAGCUCUCUACACCGCUGGGAGCACCGCUACUGCAACUGCCGCUGCUGUUACCACUAUCACCCCAACCACUCCCGCAGCAAUCACCAGCCCUCCCGCCGAGGUUGCGGUCGAGAUGAGCGUCGCCGCAGAACCGUCUAUCCCGUCCCAGACGACUCAGAUCGCCUUUUCGACUACGACUACAGCGACUGAGGAUGUCGCUAGCACGGCCUCUUCCGCCUCUUCCGUCUCUUCUACUACCUCGGGUGUGCUGAGUGGUUCUUGCAGUGAAGAAGGUGCCUGGUACUGCAACGGCGGCACAGCCUUCCAGCGCUGCGUGAACGGGCAGUGGGAUGCAUCACAAAACAUGGCUGAUGGCACCGCAUGCACGGCCGGUAUUUCCGACAACCUGACUAUUUCUGCUGCCAAGGUACGCCGCGACACCCGUCUCCUUCGCCAUCGUCGCGCCCACGGUCAUAGCAAGUAG